AUGGCCUCAAAGCGCCCUCGCGCAGCCUUCGAGGCCGAUCAUUCUCAUUCGCCCUAUGCCGUCUAUGGAACUCCAUUACCGCCGUUAGAAGAGGGGGCGCGAGACGACGGCUCCUACUUACCUGUCUGGAAACAAGAGGUGACCGACGAGAGAGGCAGGAAGCGACUACACGGCGCCUUUACUGGCGGCUUUAGUGCUGGAUAUUUCAAUAGCGUCGGCUCGAAAGAAGGAUGGACGCCCGCGACCUUCGUCUCGUCCCGGCAGAAUCGCGCCCGGGAUGCGAAACCGGCUGCGCAGCGACCGGAAGAUUUCAUGGAUGAGGAGGAUCUACGAGAGCAGGAGGAAUCACGGAAUCUCAAUACAACGGAGGGCUUUGCUGGGUUCGGCUCUACUGAGGCGGAUGCCACUCGCCGGGCGGGGCUUAUGGACUUGCUGAAAACCGGUGGGGAAACAAUGGGAGUGAAGCUGCUCAAGAAGAUGGGCUGGAGGGAAGGACAGGGAAUCGGUCCAAAGGUUCGCCGCAAAGCCAACCUGGACGAGAAUGCGGCGGGUGCCUCGGAUGAAACAUAUCUCUUUGCGCCGGAGAACCCGCCCAUGGUCGCUUUCGUUCGCAAGACAGAUCACAAGGCCCACUCAAGAUGA